AGAGAGGAUGGAGAGUGGAGGAAAGUUGCUGCUUGUGCUGCUCUCGAUUUGCCUUCAGAUCUUCACGUGCUCCUGCGUCUCCAUCGAUUUUCAACACAGGAAUAUCAACAGCUGGGAACUUCUGCUCGGAGCUAAUGAAAAAGAAUUCCAGUACGACUUCUGCCGGUACGACGCAUCAGAAAACCUGGAAUGGUGCAAGAAUAAGCCAAGAAAGCCUGUUGACAUGAGAGAAAAAUGCAAUUGCAGCGUGAAUCGCACUGAAAAUGCAGAGGAAGACUCGGUUUACUUUACUGUCAACUGCAACAAUGAAACACUUGACGGCUUUAUUGGUGCGUGCCCACAAAAACUGACCAUCAUUUACGAGCACGGCGACGUACGUCAUCCAGAUGCAAGCGCGGAAAUACGACCAACUGCCACCAACAUGGAAGAUAAAAGCAGCUGCUCCGUAAUCUGGACGCUGCUUUUUUUCCUGUCUCUCGUGAUCAACGUGGUCUUUGGCGUCGCAUUGUUCGUGCGUAGAAAAAAGUUUCAUCUCUGAAAAAGGAGAUGAAGGCGUAGUUUUGAACAAACUUCUGAGAAUUAAUAACAAUUUCACCGAAUGAUUACGCUUUUCAUGUAAAGUUCAUUGCAAAAAUUUCAAAAU